AGAAGGAUUAAUGCUUCAGGUUAACGUACAUGUGACAUCAAGUAAUCUCUUGAUUAGCCUGUUAGCAGCUAGUAACAGCACAACUUCCUGCUGCUCACACCGGGCUAACAUGACUCUGAAUAUGGGCUAUUGAAAACAAAGACACAACCGCGGAUUCUUCAAUGAAGACCUUUAUCUGAUCAAUAGUCUCUGGGUGUGAGACUGGGUGACGUUAUCAUCAUGCCGUCAGCAAAGGUGCUGAAAAACACCCAAUACAUUGAGCUGGGCAGUUAUCAGUAUUGGCCCGUUCUAGUGCCAAGAGGAAUCCGCUUGUACACUUAUGAGCAGGUGCCGGCAUUCCUGCGCGAAAACCCUUAUAUUACUGAUGGCUACAGAGCCUAUCUGACCUCUAGACUGUGCAUUAAAAGCAUUUUCAUUCUUUCCAAUGAGACAGUAAAUAUCUGGAGUCAUCUGUUAGGGUUCUUCCUGUUCUUCACGCUGGGAGUUUAUGACUUGUUAGCGGUGCUGCCUAUGUUAGGAGCAUCCAGAGAGGACUAUGUCAUCUACUCCAUAGGCCUCUUCUGCUUCCAGGUGUGCAUGCUGUGCUCAGUGGGCUUUCACCUGUUCUGCUGCCAUCGCUCGGAGAAAACCAGCCGCCGCUGGAUGGCACUGGAUUAUGCCGGGAUCUCCAUUGGAAUCAUAGGCUGUUAUGUUCCAGGAGUGUUCUACGCUUUCUACUGCAAUAAUUACUGGCGGCAGGUGUAUCUGGUAACCGUUCUGGCCAUGAUGUUGGCAGUUUUCUUCGCCCAGAUUCACCCUCAUUACUUGAGCAAGAAGUGGCAGAAGCUGCGCUCUCUUCUCUUCUGUGCUGUAGCAGGAUACGGCCUAAUCCCCACCUUUCACUGGAUCUGGAUCAGCGGCGGCUUCGGUUCACAAAUAGUCCAGGAGUUUCUUCCCAAAGUGCUGAUCAUGUAUUUACUUGCUGUAGCUGCUAUUGUCUUCUACAUGUCUAAAGUUCCAGAGCGGUAUUUUCCAGGUCAGCUGAAUUAUCUGGGCUCCAGUCAUCAGGUCUGGCACAUACUGGUGGUGUUGAUGUUCUACUGGUGGCAUCAGGCUGCUCUUUUCAUUACCAGCUACCGGCACUCUCACCCCUGCCCAGACCACCCUCUUCAUUCCUAGAGUCACAGACACGCCACUGAAGACUCUGGAACAGUCAGUGUUUAUCAAUAUGAUAGCGAGGUAUAUGGAUUUUUAAAUUGUUUUUUUUUUUAUACAUAUACAUUUUGUAUAAGUGCCUAGAUGUUUAAAGUCAAAAUACAUAAACAUGUAAAGCUUAGGUCUCAAACUGGAUUCCUGGAGGGCUGCAGCUCUGCACAACCCUAAUUAAACACAGCUGAUCCAACUAAUUAAGCUGUUCAAGACUACUAGAGAUUAUCAAGCAGGUGUGAGUUGGAGUUGGUUGGAGACAAACUGUGCCGAGCUGCGGCUAUCCAGGAAUUGAGUUGAGACUAUUGAUUUAAAGGCACCUGAGAAGAGAAGCAGUGUUAGGCUUUAAAAAAAGACACUUCUUAAGUCAUUUUACAGUAUGGGCUUGUGUGGGUUUUUCUAUCUGCACAAAUGCACAAUGUCCGAUUAAUAGUUAAGCAUUCAGUGUUUUAUUGUCUGUUACUGUUUACUUUUGGUACCUAAAACUUCCAAGCUUCGUCUUACUGCGUUUUAUUUAUUUAAUUUUUUUCGUGAACAGGAAUAUUUUGAAGUUAAUGUACACUAAGUAUUAGUCAUUUUACUGACAACAUUCAAUGAACCAAAGAGAUUUGUUAGGGCUUGUUUAGAAUUGGUAGAUAAACAUUUUUAAAUGAUAUUUUGCAGGUUAUCACAUACACUGUAGCGUGACGCGUUUCAAAUACAGACACAGGAUUAUGUGUACAGUUCACUUUUGCUGGGUACUGACAUUUACUAUUUAAAAAAAGAAAAAAACAUUCCGUUAGUCUCAUUAGAGCUCUAAUGUCACAAAGUUCGGGCUGUAAUGUGUUAGGGCAGGUCUCAUUUUGUCUGACAACAGUGAACUGUACAGCGGUGUAAUAAUAUUAUUUUUUUAUUAAUAACGGCAGUCGGUUUGUAAUGCAUAACUGUAGGGUGAUGUGCAUUUUUAUGUGAGCUUUUUCAUGAUGUUGCUUACUAUUUUUAUUUAUUUGUACUGUAUAUUGGGAUAUGAUCUUGAGCUGAAUAAACAUUCACCUUGUCCUUUUCAACU